CUCAUCAUCGUUCAAAGCGUUCGAACACGCUUCGUUUUACCAAAGAUAGCAUAAAAUAUAAAACAUAAAUUAAAAAAAUGAAAUACGCUGUUGUGUUUUUCGCUCUGUUCGCUGUUGCCUUGGCCGCACCACAAAGGGAUGCAGAGACUUUACGUUACGACGUACAGGUUGAACCAUUGAACUACCAAUACAAUGUUGAGACCAGCGAUGGAAAAGCUGCCCAAGAGCAGGGUAUCGUACAAGAUUUGGGCACUGAUGAUGAGGCUAUCGCAGUGCGUGGCUUCUACUCUUACAUCGGCGAUGAUGGUCAGACUUACCGUGUGGAUUACAUUGCUGACAAAAAUGGUUUCCAACCGCAGGGUGCUCAUAUUCCUGUUGCUUAGGGAAUUGUUAUGCAGCUAUCU